AUGAGAGGAGCUUCUCCACCAGGAGGCAUGAGCUCCACCUGCUUGUGGGCGGCGGCUCUGCUGCUGUCAAUCAUCUCUCUGGUCACCGGCGCCGGGUCACCGAGUUCAGGAAGCUCGGACUUAAGAGGAAGCUCGAAAUCCAAAGCGAAGACGUACUGGAGCGAAAGCAGCAAGGCCGUCUCCAUCAGCCGCCUGCUCUCCCAGACGCUCUACGACAAGGAGAACUUCACCUCCCUGGACCUGAGCUACGGAGACUCCUUCUCCAGACAGGAGCAGUGGAACUGGCUCCACAACGCCUCCAACCCCCGGGACCCUCGGCCCAGGACGAAGAGGAGGCCCAUCGUCAAGACCGGCAAGUUCAAGAAGAUGUUCGGCUGGGGCGACUUCCACUCCAACAUCAAGACGGUGAAGCUCAACCUCCUCAUCACCGGCAAGAUCGUGGAUCACGGCAACGGGACCUUCAGCGUCUACUUCCGCCACAACUCCACCGGUCAGGGCAACGUGUCCGUGGGUCUGGUUCCUCCCACCAGGGCUGUGGAGUUCCAGGUGCAGCAGCAUCAGCAGUACCAGCAGAACCAGCACAACCAGCAGAACCAGCACAACCAGCAGAACCAGCACCACCAGCAGCAGCAGCAGCAGCAGCAGCAGCAGCAGACGGCCCUGGAGACCAAGCUGUUCAACUGCCGGGUGGAGUACGAGAAGGUGGAGAAGGGCACCAGGAACUCGCUGUGCGCCCACGACCCGUCUCAGAGCUGCCCCCAGGAGCAGACCCAGAGCCACGUGUCCUGGCUCUGCUCCAAGCCCUUCAAGGUCAUCUGCAUCUUCAUCAACUUCUACAGCACCGACUACAAGCUGGUGCAGAAGGUGUGUCCGGACUACAACUACCACAGCGACACCCCCUACCUCCCCACCGGCUGA